AUGCUUUCAUCUGUUUCAAACCACUUCAGGAGUGGGACCCAGUCCCAGUUUUUGAAAAUGGUGAGAUGGAAAGGGUGUCUAUACAGUGAUGAAGAAAAUGUGAAUUUUGCCAGACAUGAUGAACUCAGCAAAGCUCACAGUGAAGAGGGACUGGAGCCAACUAUGAGACUGGAGCCAACUAUGAGACUGGAGCCAACUAGAACAGCUUCCAUGGAGUUUGGUUCAUGUUCUGAAGACCCAGACAAUGAGACCCAGGCUCACAUGCAGAAUGUUCAGGGUACAUUGAUUACAACCUGGGAAGCUGGCUGGAAUGUAACUAAUGCUAUACAGGGGAUUUUUGUUCUAGGUCUGCCAUAUGCUCUACUCCACAGUGGAUACAGUGGGCUGUUUCUUAUUAUCCUGGCUGCAGUUUUCUGCUGCUACACUGGCAAAAUUCUAAUCGCUUGCCUGUAUGAAGAAAAUGAAGAUGGGCAGCUCGUAAGAGUGAGAGGCACAUAUGAAGACAUCGCGAAUGCCUGCUGCAGAAAGCUAUUUCCGAAACUUGGUGGCAGAAUUGUAAAUGUGACCCAGGUGAUAGAACUGAUCAUGACAUGCAUUUUGUAUCUGGUUGUUAGUGGGAACUUGCUGUCACAUAGCUUUCCAGCUUUACCAAUAACUGAGAAAACAUGGUCAGUAAUUGCAUUUGCAGCCCUGCUGCCUUGUGUGUUUAUCAAAACUCUCAAAAUUGUAUCCAAACUUAGCCUUCUCUGCUCCUUGGUCCAUUUUGUUAUUAUCUUUGUAGUGAUAACUUACUGCCUAACUCAAAUACACCGGUGGUCCUGGUCAAUAUUCAGCCUUUCCAUGGAAUUUGAGAACUUCCUCGUUUCAGUAGGUGUGAUCAUUUUCAGUUACACAUCACAAAUAUUUCUUCCAACCCUUGAAGGGAGUAUGAAAAGUCCUGGUGAAUGUAGCUCUAUGUUGAACUGGACUCACUUCUUUGCUUGUGUCUUUAAGACAGUCUUUGCACUGACUGCAUUCCUGACGUGGGGUGAAGAAACCAAGGAGGUUAUUACGGACAACCUCCCAUCAUCUUUACAGACUGUGGUGAAUUUGUGUCUCUUAACCAAGGCUCUCCUGUCUUAUCCAUUGCCUUUCUUUGCAAUUGCAGAGAUCUUGCAUGGUUACAUUUUUCAAAGCCACAAAUCCAGUUACAAAUCACCAUUGCUUACUGUGGGUUUAAAAAUUUCCCUACUCUUGUUAACUCUGCUGAUGGCCAUGUUCAUACCACAUUUUGCCCUACUUAUGGGUUUAACAGGUAGUGUAACAGGUGCUGCAGUGACCUUUCUUCUCCCUUCCCUUUUCCAUUUGAAGCUUAAAUGGGAAAAGCUAAUGUUCUUGGGAAAAUGUGCAGACAUUUGUGUGUUUAUCCUGGGCAUCUUUUGCUGCCUAGCUGGUCUUGUGUGUUCCAUAAAAGGUCUGCUGAGAACAUUUGGAUAAAAGUAACAAGGGUUCAUCAAUACCAUGUAAUAUUUGGAAACUGUAAUCUUUAGAAUUAAGUAUUUGCAGAGCUGUCUUCACAACAGGGUAUCCAUACAUGCAUGCAGAUUUUUGGACAACACACUUCAUAAGAUGGAAAGUGAUUUAAUUCCCCAAAGGAAUACAGAGAUAAUACAUCCCAGUAGUGCCACCAUACAGUACUUAUGUAACCCUUCCACAUCUUGAGCUAGUUUUGCCUCUAGUGUAUUUUGCUAGAGAGAAGACAGCAGUGAAACACAGGUGAGAAGCAGCAGAAAAUAUACUUGGCUCUGUGUGAUAGCCAUGCCUGCAGGCCCAUGAGCUCUAAUCCAGAAGGCCCAAAGACUCCCACUUGCCAUGCUACUUGUGGUGCUCAUCUCAUGCUGCAGGUUGUUCAACUAUGCCAUACACUUACUAGAAUGAGACAUAUAAACUGCUCUGAGGAGAGAAUCAGUGUAGCAGGACUGUUUAGCUCUUUCCCCCACCCUCCAUGCAUCCGCUCCAGAUUCAAUCUACCACCCAAGAGGCAAUCACAUGUUUUGAAGUUCACUGGAGAAAAAGCAGCUGGGGAGAGCUGAUUUGGAGUAGACAAGCAGUGGUCAGGAAAGGGGUAAGUGUGUACACACAUGCACACACAUUCCACUUCUCUGCUCCCAAUUACUCCAUCCCAAAGGGGCUUUUCUGAAGGGGUAAGGAAAAGACUUGUCAGUUUUGCUUAUGAAUAUAGUGAGAUCAUUCACACACUGAAAAAAUGUGUUCUACCCAGGUUUGGGAGCUGUGUGUGCUCCCAAUUUUCAGUUGUGUGAAAUCAGUGUAAGAGGAAAACCUGGGUAGGCGUGAUUGUGUGGAACCAAGGUAGAAAGAAAAGCUACCCAGGUUUUCCUCUUACCUUGAGGCGAUUCUCAUGAAGGAGAGGAACGGGGUUAAGGGAGCCCGGUGGAUCAACAGGCGAGCCCGGAGCUUCAAUGGCAGCUAGCCCACCUAGCAACCCCUCCCCUAAAACAAGGUUAGCAGAGUGAGCGCUCCGCGCACUCCGCUAACCGCUUUUUACUGAUCAUGUGCCACUGCUGUGUGGCUCUGCACCAUGGCGACACAUGAGUAGACCCCCGGCCAGGAGGCUACAACAAGCCUCCCGGCCUCGGGGGUCUCCCCGGGAUGUCCCUGCACUCACACGGGGCAUCCUAGGACUUCUGGGGGCCAAGUGGCCCCCGAUCUCCACUCCUCCUACCUGCUCCAUAACGGAGCUGGUAGUCAUAUGGGCUGCCUAUCCAGCUGCCCAGGGCUAGCCUGGGGAUCGUCCGUGAGGAGAGCGGGCUCGCUUUCCCCACAGAACCUGGU